CCCCCCAGAGAUUCAGUCGCAGCAACCGCUUUGCAGGUCGCUUCAGCUCUGGGCUAUCUCAAGGCGGCUGAAUUUCUCAUCCUACAUGGCGGCGCCGAUGUCAAUGCGCCAGGUAACGAAACAUGUGGCGCGACGGCCCUACAGUUUGCUCUCAUGGGGGAGCAUUUUGAUAUUGCACAGCUACUUAUCGAAAACGGAGCUGACGUUAAUGCACCGCCCUCCUCUUUCGAUGGAACUACCUGCCUGCAAGUUGUUGCCUCCAAGGGAGAUCUUGACUGGGUGAAAGUUUUGGUUCGAGCAGACGCCGACGUCAAUGCUGCACCUCACCCUGAGCGCCAUCCGGGUGGUACUGCGCUUCAGCAUGCCGCUAAGAACGGAUCACUCGAUAUAGCGAGAUAUCUCGUCGAUCACGACGCCAAAGUCAACGCCGCGCCAGAUCCAGAGGGAGGGGCGACGGCCUUGCAAUACGCAGCCAUCUAUGGGUUUGGCGCAAUUGUCGAGUUUUUGAUGCGACAUGACGCCGAUGUCAAUGCCAAGCCUGCAGAGCAUAACGGAAGAACUGCCUUGGAGGGUGCGGCAGAGAAUGGUAGGCUUGACAUAACCCAACUUCUUCUUGAUUAUGAGGCCGGUUGUGGAGGGGAGGAU